CCCCCCCCCCAGGCCCGAUCCUGGACGAGCGCGGGGCGGAGGGGCGGCGAGAGGAGUCUAAGCAUGCGCUUGCACGCCCCACCCCCGCCCAGCCCGGGCAGGCGGCGGCGGCGGCGGCGGCGAAGAGCGCGAGCGGCAGGCAGCGGCAGAAGGAGCGGCAGCAGCGAAGCGCCCGCUUGCAGCCCAGAGCUCUCGCAGAACCAUGAGCCAUAGGACCACCGCGGGUGCUGCUUCCCCAUCGGUCCUUGGGUGGGAUCCCCCCACUUCCCUGAUGCACCCUUGAUGGCCCCGGCCCGCUUGUAGGAUGCAUCUCCUCCCCUCCUUCUUCCUGGUACGUCAUCCUCACCUGGCCUCGCCAGAUGGCCACUCCUCCCUCCGCCAUGGAUGACGAGCAGACCUUGAACAGGAAUGCCGUGGCUUGGCUGGUUUGCUCAGGGCUCUCUGUCCUGGCCAACGCCUGGGGGAUCCUCAGUGUGAGCGCCAAGCAGAAGAAAUGGAAGCCCCUGGAGUUCCUCAUCUGCACACUGGCCGGGACGCACAUCCUUAACAUUGCCAUUCCCAUCACCAUAUACUCAGUCGUCCAGCUCCGCCGGCAAAACUCCGACUACCAGUGGAGCGAGGGCCUCUGCAAAGUCUUCGUUUCCACCUUCUACACCUUGACGCUGGUCACCUGCUUCUCAGUCACCUCCCUCUCCUACCACCGGAUGUGGAUGGUCCGCUGGCCGGUGAACUACAGGUUAAGCAACACCAAGAAGCAAGCGGUCCACACCAUCAUGGGUAUCUGGAUGGUGUCCUUCAUCCUCUCCACGCUGCCGGCCGUGGGCUGGCAUGACACCACGGAGCGCUUCUACGACAUGGACUGCCGCUUCAUCGUCACCGAGAUUGGCUUGGGCUUUGGUGUCUGCUUCCUGCUCCUGAUCAGCGGGAGUGUGAUCAUGGGCGUGGUAUGCGUGGCCAUCGCCCUCUUCCAAACUUUCUCCAUCCAGGCGGGCAACAAUAUCGACAAGAACAAAUUCAACGUCCCCACCAUUGUGGUGGAGGACGCUCAAGGCAAGAGGCGCUCGUCCAUUGAUGGCUCGGAACCCAUUAAGACUUCUUUGCAGAUCACCUAUCUGAUCGCGGGGAUCGUUUUCAUCUACGACUUCCUCAUGGGCUUUCCUAUACUGGUGGUGAGCUUUGCCAGCUUGAAGUCAGACGUGGCCUACAACUGGAUGAUCCUCUGCGUCCUCUGGUGCUCGGUGAUCCAGUCCCUCCUGCUCCCGCUUUUCCUCUGGGCUUGUGACCGCUACCGAGCAGACAUCAAGUCCGUCUGGGAGAAGUGUGUGGCUGUCAUGUCCAAUGACGAUGUCGGGGAAGAAAACAGCCUGGACGGCGUGAUCCAUACAGACCUGGUGUACGAGCGGCCCUACGAUUACAACUUUGCUGGGGACGCCCUGACCUUGGACCACAUUUCCAAAUACGACCUCUCGGCCCUGGAGAGGGGCCUCCCCCAAGCCUACCCUACAAAGCCUCCCCCAGAGGACAAGAUGCAGUAUCUGCAGGUCCCCCCCACCCGGCGCUUCUCCCACGACGAAACGGACAUUUGGACGACGAGCCAGAUCUCAGCCUACCUCCAGCACUGGGGGGCCAGCGGGGACAUGGCCGCCAGCCUGGCCCAGCUCCUCCUCCCGCGGGGCCACAGCUACGAGCGCCGGAGGAGCAGCAGCAGCCUCCUGUCCUACCAAGAGGAAGGGCAGCACCCACACCGCAGGCGCCGGAAGUCCGCCGAGAGCACCUUGUCCCUCAGGCCUUUCCCUCCGGAAGACUACUACAAGGGCGGUGGCGGCGGCGGCGGUGGGGGGCCUGGAGGCUACAGGUGCUUCAGCAAGGAGGAAGGGGUGAACUUCAUCGACACCAGCCCCCUGCCCAGCCACAGGAAGGGCCCUCUGCGCUCUGCGUCCGUCUCCCUCAUCCCAGACACGUUCCGGCACUGCUCAGCCACCCACGCCAACUUCCCCUUGACCACUUUCGAGCGGGAACCUCAGGGCUUUCGGCGCCUCUCGGCCCAAGGCCGGGGGUGCUCCCUGACUGUCCCGGGGCCUUUCCUGGCUCAGGAGGAUGCCAAGAACUUCUUCCCUAAAGGCAGCGCCGGCACGCCAUGCCUGGAGCAGAUCCGCAUCCAGCUGUACGAGGCUCCCGAGGAACGCCCGGCCAGCAGCUGCUGCUCCGAGCCGGAGGGCUUCCGGACAGGCCUCAGCCCUUCCUGGGGGGGCCAGGAGGAGCUCCGGAAGGGCGGGAGCAAGGGCAGCACCAGCAGCUUCCUGAGCACGCCCUCAGCCUCCUCCGGUUACGCCACGUACCACUCGGAUUCCAUGGGUUCAAGCUCCUAGAAGCAUAAAGCACCAGAAGCCACUGGCGGCUCCCGUUGUUUUCUCUUUCUCUCGGGAAAAGUCUCCUCCUCUUUGUGGUCCAGGUUUUUGUUGUUUAUUUAAAGAGGACUGGGCACAGCACCAAAGAAACCAAAACUCCAGCCUCUUUUGCAAAAAAAGCAGGAGGAU